CCCACAACAACAGACACUACACUGCAAUUCACUUUUGAAAUCCCAGUCAAGAAACCAGGUUUAUCAUAUGGCAGAGCACGAUUCUUUCAUCUGUGGUCUUUGUCGUGUCUCUGGAACUAAGUAGCGGCGUCGUGUUUAGUUAGCGCGUGCCUCUGCUCAUGGAAACGGUUACUGAUAGUUGGAUUUAACACUGACAGGUACUUUUUUUUACACCGAGUGUGGAAGCUGAGCACAUCGGUGGCAAGGAUGCUUGUCGCACCCAACCAGACGGAGGACAUGAAUUACUUUUCACAUCUACAUAACAAAGGAUUUACAAGAGAUUGAGGAAAGAGUGUUUCAACGUCUCAUAGAAUAUGUGUGCAAUGAUUGUUUAUCUAACAAGUGACAUAUUCUUAAAGUAUAAUGAAGCUUCUGACAUGUUUCUGUGCGUGCCUGUUUGUGACAAGUUGGACCCAAGCGAAAGUUCAUAAUGUAACGGUAGGAUACCUUACCGUGGAUCAAUCGGAUGGGUAUGUGAGGAACAAACAAGCUAGACUCAUCUCAGGGGCAAUUUCUUAUGCUAUUGAAAAAAUCAAUCGGAACCCUACUUUGCUCAAAGAUUACCAUCUGAAUAUUGUUUGGAAAGAUACUAAGGCUAGUACCCUUUUGGGUACUAAGCUACUUACCCAUCUAUGGAGGGACGGGGCGGUGGCCUUCUUCGGGCUAGAGGACAGCUGUAAUGUGGAGGCUAGAGUGGCAGCGGCUUGGGACCUUCCCAUGUUAUCCUAUAAAUGCGCUGACUAUGACGUAUCGGACAAAAAGAAAUACCCAACGUUUGCUAGGACGUUUCCUCCGGCUACACAAGUCACCAGGUCCAUCAUCUCAAUCCUAUUACACUUCAAAUGGAGUCGGUUUUCCUUAAUCGUCGGCUCGUCACACAAGCAGCAGACGAUUGCUGAGAAACUGCUGGAGCUUGCCAAUACCUAUGACAUGACACUAAAUGACCGAAAGGACUAUACGGAACCCCACAUUCCGCUUACAACCGGAAACCCUUUCCCUGGAAUCGUUGAAAACACAUUUAUUGAUACCCGCGUGUAUGUUUUUCUCGGCGAUAUUAAUGGAGUGGUGGACUUGAUGACCAACCUCUACGACCGCGGGCUUCUGGACACGGGAGAAUAUGUAGUCAUCUUUGUCAAUCAUGGAAUGUUCGACGUGAACGACCCUCUCAAAUACUUCAGGCGCACAACGGGCAGUCCUAACGAUACGCGAAACAUCGAGGCGUCCAGAUCGCUACUCAUCAUAACAUCAAGUCCUCCAUCGAACCCAGACUAUGAAGAUUUCGAAAUCACUGUCAACGACUACAACGAAAGACCUCCAUUUAAUUUCCCUAACCCAUUUAAAAUCAGGAAGAAAAUCACAGUGUAUGCUGCUUACCUUUAUGAUGCGGUAAUGUUGUAUGCUCGAGCUGCCCAGGAGGAGCUAGACGAAGGAGGCAGCAUCAUCAAUGGAACAGCAAUCAUCAAUCGUAUUCUGUCCAGAGAAUAUGAAAGCAUCCUUGGAGUCACGACAAAAAUAGACGCAAACGGGGACGCAGAAGGCAACUACACAUUACUGGCGCGUGUCCCGUACGUCACAAAGUCCGCGUCAUACGCCAUGUUACCCGUUGGACACUUUGAAAUGGCAACAGGCCAUCACGUGCUGAGAUUCUUUCCUGGUCAGUCUGUUGACUGGGUGACUGGGGAGCCCCCUAUCGACCAGCCCAAGUGUGGUUACAGGGGAGAGAAGUGCAUUCCUGUCAAAAGGUACACCCUUGAAAUAAUCGGCGGAGUCCUUGGAGGUAUAACAAUGGUCGCCAUCAUUAUUGGUCUGGUGGUGUAUCGGAACUGGCGCUACGAACAAGAGAUUGCAGGACUUCUAUGGAAAAUUCCAAUAUCGGAGAUACAUAUGCCUCACCCGACCUCAUCAUCACACGAUCGCCGCGAUAGUCUUAGCAGUAAGAUUUCCCUGAAUAGCCAGCAGUCGGUUGAUUCGAGGAUGUCCUUCAUGCAGAUCUACACCAGGACGGCUACUUACAAGGGACAAAUGGUGGCUUUAAAGCUAUACGAAAAGAAAGAUUUCGUCCUGAGCCGCAAGAUGCAGAAAGAAAUGAAAGCGAUGAGAGAUAUUCGGCACAAUAACGUGAACCCGUUUAUAGGAGCAUGUGUAGAUCCGCCUACAUUCACCCUGCUCACUGAAUACUGCAUCAAGGGCAGCUUGCAGGACAUCUUGGAAAACGAAGAUCUGAAGCUGGAUGAUAUGUUCAUUGCAUCUCUGGUGAAAGAUAUAAUACAGGGUAUAUUAUUUCUGCAUGGGUCUGAGCUCAACGUACACGGAAACCUGAAGAGCUCAAACUGUGUGGUCAACAGCCGCUGGACUUUACAAGUGGCCGACUUUGGACUGUUGGAAGUCAGAGCGGGCACAUACAAGAUGGAAGAUGAGCAUGCGUUUUACAGAAAUUCAUUCUGGCGGUCCCCUGAGCAUAUCCGAGAACCGAAAAAGCGUUUGUCACAAAAAGGCGAUGUAUACUCUUUCGGUAUCAUACUGCACGAGAUUAUAGGGAGGGCUGGUCCCUACGGCUACUGUAAUAUGUCACCAAAAGAGAUAAUUGAGAAUGUGAAAAAGGGUGGCCAAUCAAUAUUCCGUCCAGACACCAAAUAUCUCAAAUGUGAGCAAUACGUCAUUGAGUGCAUGCGCUCGUGCUGGGACGAAGAUCCGGAACUUCGUCCUGAUUUUAGAGUCAUCUCAAAAGCUCUGUCUCCAAUGCGGAAGGGCAUGAAGCGGAAUAUCUUCGACAACAUGACGAUGAUGAUGGAAAAAUACCAGUCUCAUCUUGAAGAGCUGGUGGAAGCCCGUACGGACCUGCUGGUUGAAGAAAAGAAAAAGACGGAAGCGCUACUGCACCGCAUGUUACCCAGUGUUAUUGCCGAUCAGCUAAAGCGAGCACAGUACGUUGAGCCAGAGUCAUUCCAAUCAGUCACAAUCUACUUCAGUGACAUCUGUGAAUUCACGCGCCUGUCAGCGGAGAGUACUCCCAUGGAGGUCGUGAAUCUCCUGAAUGACCUUUACACGUGUUUUGAUUCGAUAAUCCGGAACUAUGACGUGUACAAGGUGGAGACAAUAGGCGACGCCUAUAUGGUGGUCAGCGGAGUCCCUAACCGGAAUGGCGAUAACCAUGCAGGCGAGAUCGCAUCCAUGUCCCUGGAACUCUUGAGAGCAAUAAAGAAGUUCACAAUCCGUCACCGUUCGAACGAGGUGCUUCGGUUACGAAUCGGCAUACACUCUGGGCCUUGUGUGGCUGGCGUGGUAGGCCUGACCAUGCCUAGGUACACACUGUUCGGAGACACCGUUAACACGGCUUCCAGGAUGGAAUCAAAUGGCGAAGCUCUCAAGAUCCAUUGCAGUAGGGAAUGCAAACUGUUGCUUGACAAGUUGAACGGUUACACACUAAUAGAGCGCGGAUUAGUCAGCAUGAAGGGAAAGGGUGAACUGUUCACUUACUGGCUAACAGACGAAGACCCGUCAGUUCGGCACGAGCGGUUACGCCGGUGUAGUGAAAUAUUCAAAUACAAUUCUCCGUGGGCACGUGAGAGUAGGCGAGCUUACUUACGUCAUGGUAACGAUGACUACAUGAUUGACGAACCACUUCCGGACAUAUCUUUCUCUGACAACAACGGCGACGCUCAAAUGAUGAAAACAGACCAACCAAUAUUGGAAAUAUUGAGAGAAAGUGAAGUGAACCCUAUUCGGAGUGACUCUCCGAAACCAUUUUCUUCCAGUUUGGAACGAAGUGAAUCCCCUAGGACAUAUUCGAGUAGACUUCUCAAAUCACCAAUUGCUAAUAAGAUCCGACAUGGCCCGAAUGGAAUCUUCUUUGAGGAACGACGUUUACGCAAUGUUGACCGGGCUGGUUCUGGUCAAGACCUCGUAGAAAGAGCUGCACUAAUGUCGGACAUCGACGAUAUUGACAGUUCUACGUACAACUGUGAACCUCGGAGAGGUUCCCUUGGUAACCGGAAUCACGUGCUUGUCACCAUGCCUAAUUCACUUCCUGGUCACUCGUGUAUGGAUGGAGAAACAGGCAUUAACAACAAUACGUCGCCAAAGGUACCUGUCGGGGAAAAUAUAGCAUUGGAGGAACGUUGGCACAAUUCCGACAGAAUAACUUCACCACUCAUAUAGUUAAACCAUACAUUUCAUCUUGUAUAUAUGAGACAGUGUCAUUUCUGAAGUUUCAUAACAGUGGCCUAUUCAUAUCAUCAAUUGUGAAAUAACAAUAUUGAUAAAUAAUGUGUACAAACAUAUAUUAAGGACAUACCUUUGUUGUAGAUUUACUUACAUCACCUCCCGUGAUUAAUCAAUCAAAGUUAAGUGCAUUAUAUUUCUAUAUAUAUAUGUGACGAAUGCAAAACCAAAGCUCAGUAUAGCUUAGCAACAACGUAGCAUUUCUUCCAGUAUAUUUGUUUGUACAAAAUGUUCUUAACUUAAUUUUCACGUGAUACAUUUCAGAUUUAUUCUUUAUUUUUCAGUGAUAGUACCUUUAGAACAGUAUUUAAGUUUUACAUUCCCUUUUUAUUUAUUUCCAUUACAUGUGUUAAUGAGUAAUUGUCUCCCUUGUGUCUCUGUGUCGGCCUCAAGGUGUCGCCUGUGUUCCCGUGACAUUCUGUUGUCUGUGAUCAGUGCUGGUUAAGCUACUGACUCAGGCUCUGUACAUUUCUAUUAUUUAUUGUCACAUGGUUUAAUUUAUUCCCGUGAUAUUCUUAAUGAAAAGAAAUUAAAAAUGAAAACGAAAUCUUGUUUUGUGUAUGAAAUUAUUUCAUUUCUCAAAACAUAAAUUGCUUAUAGAAAUAAAGUAUACUUGGAAAUUUUUGCCGCAGUUUAACUUUCGCCUUGUUCGUCUUCUGUGAUAAGAGUGAAAUGAGCAUUGCAACGAAUAGUUUUCAAUAAAAUAUACAUAAUUUAAAAU